GUGUGUUUCCUGGGUCGUUUGUCAACAACAAUGGCUGCCGUCAUGAAUAUACACGUGUCUCUAAUUUGACGUUUUAAGAUAGUUUUGUUUAUCUAUUUCAUGUGUUCCAAGCUAACGACUGGUAGGUUUUAUAUUUUUAUUUAUUUGAACCUUUUUGGUACCUCUUUGCUUCAUAAACAAGCUUUUCUUGCUUCAUAAUCAUAAACGAGCUUGUUUGCUUCUUGCCACGCUUUAAACUCGGUGAGACACAGAAAGGAAUUUAAUUAUAAAAGUCAGUGUCUUUCGCCAAGUAAUAAUAAUAGCAUAGCUAGGUAGUUAACGAUAGUUAGUUAUAUCUGUUGUAGAGAUGAAAGGCAAGGGGAAAGCAAAGAGGAAAGGAAAGAAAGACACUGGUAAAUUGCAAAAGUAUAUGAUGACAGUUAACGACUUUGUAAAAAGUAAGGUAGGCUGUGAUGAAACUGAAGAAACGGAAGAUGGCAGUGGUUUGAGAUUUGUUAAGAAGAAAAAUAGAAAAGAAAUGCGUAAGGAGCAAAGAAAGAUGAAAAAGGCUAAAAUUAAGAAUCACUAUGAAAGCUACAAGGCUCUCAAAGCAUCCACUGGUGACAGUGAGGAAGUUGCAACCCUAUCUGAUAAACAACAAACAAAGAAGGUUAAUGGAAAAGUAAAGAAAGACGAGCCAGUAUCUCAACAACCCAAGUCAACUCCUGUUGAGACUGCCGCAGGAGAGAAGGCUGAGAAAAAAGGACCUAAGAAACCUUCUAAGAAAGAAAAGAAAAGAAACAAACUUGAGGAAUCAAGAAAAAAAGCCCUUUUGGAAGCAAAUAUUGCUGAGGACAGAGAAAUUAAGAGGUUGGAGAGAUCUCUUGGGUAUAACAAAAGGAAAAACAAACAAAAACUUCCCCAGUCAUUCGCUGAUGAUGGACUGGAUUACAUUUUGGGGGUGCUGGAUGCUGGAUCGGCAGCUUCGGGGAUGAUGCAUGACAGUGAUGAUGACAUGGACAUCGCCAAAGAGAAACUAAGGAAAUUGGAAGACAGUGAAUCUGAAAUGUCCGGCGAAGAGGAGGAAGAACAAGGAGAUGACUCGGAAGAGGAGGGCAGUGAACUAGGCAGAGAUGGAGACCUGGAUACCAUCGAGGAAGAUGAGAUAGAUGAGGAGGAGGAAGAAGAUGGAAUGGAUGAGGAUGGCGAAAGUGAGAUGGAUGAGAGUGGUGGAAUAGCUUCGGAAGAAGAGAAUGUAAAGGAUGAGGGAGUUGAGAGUGGAGACUCAACGCUUGCAGGGCCGAAAGCUGACACUGCUGUCCCGUCAGCAGGAAAAUACGUGCCCCCUCACCUACGGGACACCGGGGAUGAUAAGCGCAGAGCUGAGUUGGAGAGACUGAAGAGACAAGUCAAAGGACUUGUGAACAGGCUCAGUGAGGCCAACAUGGCGUCCAUCAGUGGCCAGCUGGAAGAGCUGUACAUGAGCUCCAGCCGGAAGGACAUGAACGACACCCUGACGGAGAUCCUCCUGGCAGCCUGUGUCACCCCAGCCCUGAUGCCUGACAGACUGCUCAUGGAACACGUCCUGCUUGUCAGCAUCCUGCAUCACACAGUGGGGCUUGAGGUGGGGGCUAAUUUCUUGGAGACGGUGGUGCGGCAGUUUGCUGAGUUGUACAAGAGCCCCGGCGAAGGCAAGGAGUGUGACAACCUGGUGGCCAUGGUGGCACAUCUCUACAACUUCCAGGUGGUGCACGCCCUCCUCAUCUUUGACAUCCUGAAGAUGCUGUUGGGGGCCUUCGCCGAGAAGGACAUUGAGCUGGUCCUGUUCGUGCUGAAGAACGUAGGAUUCGCCCUGCGGAAGGAUGAUGCCCUUGCGCUGAAAGAACUCAUCUCUGAGGCCCAGAGCAAGGCCAGUGGUGUGGGCACCAAGUUCCAGGACGAAAAUAGGGUGCGCUUCAUGCUGGAGACCAUGUUGGCUCUGAAGAACAACGAUAUGAGGAAGAUCCCUGGCUACGACCCAGAGCCUGUUGAGAGACUCAGAAAGCUGCAGAGAACUCUGAUCCACCAGAGUUCGGGUGGCAGUGAUGUGAAGCUGAGGGUCUCCCUGGAAAACCUCCUGGCUGCAGAGCAGGUGGGCCGCUGGUGGAUCGUGGGCUCAUCGUGGUCCGGACUCCCCAUGAUGGGUGACCAGGGCAACAAGACCUCAAAACAGACUACUGCAGAAGGAAAGUUCAGCGCCAAGGUCUUAGACCUGGCCCGGAAACAGCGAAUGAACACGGACAUCAGGAGAAAUAUAUUCUGCGUGAUCAUGACCAGCGAGGAUUACCUGGAUGCCUUUGAGAAGCUGAUACGGCUGGGGCUGAAGGACCAGCAGGAGAGGGAGAUCGUCCACGUGCUGAUGGACUGCUGCCUCCAGGAGAAGAGCUUCAAUGCCUUCUAUGCUGUACUGGGAGAGAAGUUCUGUGAGCACGACAGGCGGUUCCAGAUGACAUUUCAGUUCAGUCUGUGGGACAAAUUCAAGGACCUGUCCAGCUUAUCCACCAGCACCUUCAGCAACCUGGUCCAGCUGGUCACACGCUUCCUCCGGAGAAAGUGCCUCUCCCUCUCCAUACUCAAGGUGAUAGAGUUUGGUGAGUUGGACAAGCCUAAAGUCAAGUUCCUGCGUCAGGUAUUGACUAAGCUGUUAAAAGACACAGAGAUGGAGGAUCUUACAAACAUAUUUGGAAGGAUUUCGGGAAUUCCCAAGCUAGGAAUGCUGCGGGAGGGCUUGAAGCUGUUCAUCAGUCACUUCCUACUGAAGAAUGCCCAGUCGCAGGGACCAGCUGAGCAAGCAGACCUUCUGUCAGAGCGAGCCGAGGUUGCCACCAAGGCCAUGGAGGCCAAAGAGACUAAACUCAAACUGUAAAACACAAACACACACUGAGACACUGGGAGAACACCAGGAGAACAAAAGAGCCCUGUUGGGGGAACAUGCUCGUUUUUUUUACAGACAACAAACCCAAGAGAUGUUUGUCUCUGCGUGCAGUAUGAAGGUGGUUAAGAGGUAGUUUUGCGAGCCAAUGUGGCAUGCUAGCGUACCUGUAGACUUCCAGUCAUUACGCUAACACUCGUUAGCAUUGGUUCGAGAAACUACCUCUAACAUCCUUCAUACUGCGCACGGAGACACAAAAAUGGUAACCCACGAGUUAAUCUGACUAAGUAGCACUAUUCCUUUAAAGAUUUCACCAUUUUUUGUUUGUGUGAGUUUGAGGAUUGCCCCAAAUAAGGACAGACCUCAUUUGAAUGAUCUCCGUUUCGUAAACAACAGAGAUGACUUCUGAUGACAUUGUAAAUAUCCAAAUGAAGUAGGGGCUUCAUCAAGUGGCGCACUGCUAAUGAACAUGACAGUGGAAAAUAUUUCCAGAGUGCAGAAUCCCUACACAUACAGACCGUUAUUUUUUUGGCGGGGGGGGGGGGGGUUAAGUGCCUUGCUCAAGGGCACAAAGGCAGGUAACGGCAUUGAGGAUUUGAUACCAGCAACCCUCCAGUUGUGAGCAGUUCCCAACCGAUUUUUCCCAUCUGACCCAGGAUUCUAACUGGCAACCCAACAGUUGCUGGCUCGCCUCGCUAACCGCUAGGUUACCUGCUACCCCUUUUGUACAAAUUUCAUGGUUUUCAGUUUUUAAGAUGCAUCAAUGGUAUGUAAGUGUACUAAAAUGUAUUUUACAGAUGAAUACAGGAUUAACCCAGUGAAAUGUUUCCAAACUGUUUAUAAACAUUUGAUGUCGGUGCAUGAGGCAAUAAUACACCUUUUUUUAAUUUGGAUUAAUCUGGUUAACUGGGUCUCAAUGCAUUUGUGUUUUUUUUCAUGGCAGUGCAUUAAUUAACUUUAUUUGCAUAAUGUCAGUAGCAGUCAAACUGGGGUCACAUUCAUUCAUGUACACAGUAGCAAAAUGUCGUAAAAUAUUUUGCUAUGGAAAAUGAAAACGAGGGUUUCUUAUUUGACAACUUCAGGCAGUUCUUCCCAGUUACGAUGUGUAUUCUUCAAUUUAGUGUCUAGUGCAGAGCUCUCCAUCAGGUGGAUAGCGAGCUACCAAGCAUUUCUGAAAGUAAAUGCAUUUUUUCCCCACGUGUCCCGUCUCAAACUUUCAGAAACAAAGUUCCCGUCUACUAUCCAAUCAAAUCCUGACAUUAUCCCACUCCUAGUUAGCAGCUAUUGGGUUAAAAAGCCCAACGUAAUAUAAACUCAGCAAAAAAAGAAAUGUCCUCUCACUGUCAACUGCGUUUAUUUUCAUCAAACUUAUCAUGUGUAAAUAUUUGUAUGAACAUAACACGAUUCAACAACUGAGACAAACUGAACAAGUUCCUCAGACAUGUGACUAACAUAAAUUGAAUAAUGUGUCCUUGAACAAAGGGAGGGUCAAAAUCAAAAGUAACAGUCAGUAUCUGGUAGGGCACCAGCUGCAUUAAGUACUGCAGUGCAUCUCCUUAUGGACUGUACCAGGUUUGCCAGUUCUUGCUGUGAGAGGUUACCCCACUCUUCCACCAAGGCACCUGCAAGUUCCCAGACAUUUCUGGGGGAAUGGCCCUAGCCCUCACCCUCCGAUCCAACAGGUCCCAGACGUGCUUAAUGGGAUUGAGAUCCGGGCUCUUCGCUGGCCAUGGCAGAACACUGACAUUCCUGUCUUGCAGGAAAUCACGCACAAAACGAGCAGUGUGGCUGGUGGAAUUGUCAUGCUGGAGGGUCAUGUCAGGAUGAGCCUGCAGGAAGGGUACCACACGAGGGAGGAGGAUGGUCUUCCCUGUAAUGCACAGCGUUGAGAUUGCCUGCAAUGACAACAAGCUCAGUCCGAUGAUGCUGUGACACACCUCCCCAGACCAUGGCGGAACCUCCACCUUCAAAUCGAUCCCGCUCCAGAGUACAGGCCUCUGUAACACUCAUUCCCUCGACUAUAAAUGUGAAUCCGACCAUCACCCAUAGUGAGACAAAACUGCGACUCCUCAGUGAAGAGUACUUUUUGCCAGUCCUGUCUGGUCCAGCGAUGGUGGGUUUGUGCCCAUAGGCGACGUUGUUGCCGGUGAUGUCUGGUGAGGACCUGCCUUACAACAGGCCUACAAGCCCUCAGUCGAGCCUCUUCUCAGCCUAUUGCAGACAGUCUGAGCACUGAUGGAGGGAUUGUGCGUUCCUGGUGUAACUUGGGCAGUUGUUGCCAUCCUGUACCUGUCCCGCAGGUGUGAUGUUCGGAUGUACUGAUCCUGUGCAGGUGUUGUUACACAUGGUCUGCCACUGAGAGGACAAUCAGCUGUCCUUCCUGUCUCCCUGUAGCGCUGUCUUAGACGUCUCACAGUACGGACAUUGCAAUGUAUUGCCCUAGCCACAUCUGCAGUCCUCAUGCCUCCUUGCCACAUGCCUAAGGCACGUUCACGCAGAUGAGCAGGGACCCUGGGCAUCUUUCUUUUGGUGUUUUUCAGAGUCAGUAGAAAUGCCUCUUUAGUGUCCUAAGUUUUCAUUAAUUGCCUACCGUCUGUAAGCUGUUAGUGUCUUAACGACCGUUCCAUAGGUGCAUGUUCAUUAAUUGUUUAUGGUUCAUUGAACAAGCAUGGGAAAGAUCUGUGAAGUUAUUUGGAUGUUUACAAAUUAUUUUUGAAAGACAGGGUCCUGAAAAAGGGACGUUUCUUUUUUUGCUGAGUUUAUAUGCCAAUUAAUUUCCAGCAAAAUUACCCGUCUGUCUGUUUCACACAUUUGUCUAUUACUCCGUAUGUAACCAGCUAGCGUUACUAAUGAUAACCUUUUUGUGGAUAGAAGUUAGCAGUGUGGUUAGGUUUAGAAACAGAUUUUAAUUAGAGACAUUGUAGAAAUAGGUGGAGUUUAUGACUUUGUGACAGACAAAUUCCUCUUUUGCUUUAUUAACUAGUGAUGACCCAGUAACAUGCUUGACCGACAAAUUCCUCUCUUGCUUUAUUAACUGUUGACGACCCAGUAACAUUGCUAAACCAAUACAUUCUUCUCUUUUGCUUUAUUAAUGCUCAAUUAAAGGGGAGUUACUUUUUUUU